UAUCUCGAUAGGGAGAAGUGAGGAAUUUUUUAAUCUGGCCAUUGCUGCUGGGUAUGCUCUGUCGGUAAUAAAUUUGCACGGCAUCGUUUUUAUCUAUCGAAAGAUAGAAAAAAUUUUGUUUGUUGUUGGUAAAGUAGAUUUUAGUUUUAUCUUGACUCAUUGUCAACAAUAAAUUUGUUGAAAACAAGCCUGCUUUUUAUUUUCUUCCUGAAGUGACUGUUAAUAUUCAUUACUAAGAUCUUAUUAUUAAUUUAAAUUUGUUAAAUGGCUUCAUUAAUUAAUGAUCAACGUGAUAUUGAAGAAGGAGCAGAAUUACAGAAACUAAAUAAAGUAAUAGCUGAAUUAAAUGAUGACCAAAAGAAAUUUCUUGCUGAUUGUGAUUUAGAAUUUUCUAAUCGCUACACAGAUGAUGAUGUCGAUUACGUUAAUAAUAAAACAAAGCGAGAUUCUUGCAAAAAAGAACCUCCAAUAAUUGAAAACUGGUGGAGUAGGCAAUCAAAAAGGCGUGAUAAUGAUUCAGGUCGACACAAACGUGGCCAUAAUGACGAAGAGCAUCGAAAUCAAAAGCAUAGGAGACAUCGUUACUUAAGAUUUAACUAAUGUUCUAACUGUAUAUUUAGUAAGAUAUUUGCAAUUUUUCAGUAAUUACAAACACUCAUAUCUACUAUAGCUUGACGAAAUGUUCAGUAAUUAUUAUUAUUGUUCAUUAAAAAAAGAAUUUUUCUAAUAGAAAAUUUAAUUCGCAAAAUUAUUUACAUGGAAUAUGAUAAAAAUGAAAAAAUUUGCUGUUUAAAAAUAAAUUUUACAACCAUA